AACGCAUGGAUGUCAGUAUUUCAAUCUAUUGAAUUGAUUAAAGUCAACAAAGAAGGUAAGGUCACAGAGUCUGUCAAGCUUGACUUUAACCCGGGGUGUCUGACAGUGACAAGCACAGAAGAACUACUGAUCACGUGUUAUGGUGGUUCACCACUGAUAAACAAACUAUCCAAGGACAGACGAGUGACCAGAUUUACUGACAUCAUUCCGCUUAAAGCCUGUGGUAUCAGUGUCAAUGACAGUGACGAAGUGUUCGUUACUACUGCCACUACAACAAUACAGGUACUGAACAUGUCCGGGGAUAGGAUCAGACAAAUCUCGCAUGGAGGCGGAUGGCGGAGUAUCGUAUGUUUGGCAACAGGAAAUACAGUUGUUUCCACUGGUUAUUCUAAUAUUUAUUGUGAAGAAAUGAUUGUCAUCAACAAAACUGAUCAGGUCAAACACAAGUGGAGUGGGGAACUGGACAAUGGUCAGAAGUUAAAAAAGACGUUGCAAUGUGAUAUAGCAAGUGACAGAUAUGACAGAAUUUUUGUACCAGACUACUACACUGACCAGGUAUACGUCGUUACGAGGAAUGAGAGAAUGGCCAAGUGUCUCCUGGACAAGACACACGGAGUAACACAUCCAUUAGCUGUGUGUGUGGACAUGUGUGGACAGGUUUGGAUUGGCUGUGAGAAUGGUACAGUAUAUGUGAUGCAACUAUAAACAAGAGAGAAGAUAUUUCAAUGAAUAAAAACUGGUAACAUAACAUUAUAGUGACAGUAGAAAUGUCUGCAAUCUAUAAAACCUAGCCGCUGACGCUGCAAAAUGACAAGAACUUGUCCAUACAAUAACAGUCUUAACUUGUCAACUAUACAGACUGUGUUUUUUAAUCUAUAAAACCUAACCGUCGACACUGCAAGUAGACUGUUUUCUAUAAUGACAGUAUUGACAUGUUAACUAAAAGUCUGUUUGGUU